GUUAUGACGUGUGUGCGCGUUUAUAUUGUUGCUAAGUUCCAAGUACCUACCUUUAUACCUUUGGAAAUGAUUUUAUAACAAUAAAAAAAACUCAUCAAUAAAUUGUGAACAAUUAAAUAAAAGAAUAAAAAGUUAAUGUGAUUUUUGUGUCCAUUAACAAAAGGAUAAUACAUUUCAAUAUUUAAAAAAAGGAUAAAUCUAUUUUUAAGAAAAAAAAGAAAGAUUAUAAAAUUAUUGUGUAAAUUGUGCGUCAACAAAACGAAGUCUGUGAAGUUUUGUUUUUUAAACUGCUUGUAGAAGAAAAUUAUGAGCUUACCCAGUGGCGUUGAUAUGCAAAAUCUAAUGUCACAACAUCCGGUUCUGGGAGCAUUGCCACCUGCGUUCUUUCUACGUGCUGCAUCUGAACGCUACCAAAGAACACCGAAGUGUGCUAGAUGCAGAAAUCAUGGCGUUGUAAGUGCCCUAAAAGGACACAAACGCUACUGCCGCUGGCGAGACUGUGUUUGCGCUAAAUGCACAUUGAUUGCGGAACGACAACGUGUCAUGGCAGCUCAGGUGGCUCUUCGCCGUCAACAAGCUCAAGAGGAAAACGAAGCUCGAGAGCUGGGAUUACUGUAUUCGUCAGUGCCAAGUGCACAACAGAAUGGUGGUAAUAAUGGCAACGGAAAUGGGGGCAAUGGAGAUGGCGGUGGUGUUCCUUCGCAACAACCGCAGGGAGUUUUUCAUUCGGGAAUUCCAUCGCCACCAAGUGAUAUGGAUGCUAAUCAACGGGUGCAGUUCAAUGGCAGCGAACCGGAUUCGGAUAGGAUACGUUCGGAUAGAUUGUCGAUGGGUUAUUCACCGGAUCGAACGGAUGUUGAUAGUCCUGGAUCGAAACGUGCCCGUCUCUCGAAUGAAACGGAUCAAGACACCGGCUCAGAAUCAUCACCCAGCAGUCCACGACACAAAAGCCAGACGUACAACCACCAUUCGGCGAACCUUUCUCCAGCUCGAACUGGUCCACCGAGUUCGCCUGAAUCCGACCUCGAUGUGGAUUCCGCUCCAGAUGAGGCCACCCCAGAGAAUCUCAGUCUGAAGAAGGACGACUCGACUUCACCGCCAACGACACCCUCCGAUAGUUUGCAUAUCCUGCGCAGUUUCAGCAACAAUGGACAAGGAUUCAUCCCCUAUCACCAUCAUUCGCAGUUCAUGCCAGCCGCCAUGCCCACUCACCAGCUUCAGCAGCAACAUAACCAGCACCAGCACCAGCAAAGGUCGCCAGUCGAUGUGCUAUUGAGAGUGUUUCCCAAUCGGCGACGCAGCGAAGUGGAACAACUGUUGCAACGCUACAGGGGCGACGUCCUGCAGGCAAUGGAAGCCAUGCUCGCCGGUGAAGACAUGACGCAAGCCUUGAACCCAGCCAAUGUGCCACCCUCACCACCGUUCCCAAUCAAAUCGGCAUUCUCGCCACUAGUGCCACCCGGAGUGUUUGGUUCACCCACCAAUCGAUAUCCUUUCAUGCAGGCCCACGCCAAACGUUUCCUGACAGCGCCCUACUCCGGAACGGGCUACAUGCCCGGCGUCCUGCAGCCCGACGCAGACCAAUCGGAGUCCAAUAGUGCCAACACUGACCGAAAUAGCAACACUGGUGAUUCACAGGAUUGAAAAGCUGGCCUUUCAAUCCUUUAAGCAGAAUUAAAAAAAAGAAUCCUUUAAGCUUCUGGUGUAAAUACUAAAAAUUGUAGUUGUUUCGCAUUAUUGUAUAGAGAGCAGAGUUAAGUUUAGAACUUUAUCAAAUUUAGAGAAUAGAAUUAUGUAUCAUAAUGUAUAUCUGAAUAUGAAUAAUAAAGUAAUUCAAUUUAUGAGUGUAAAAUUAAAAAAGAUUUAAGUUUAGUUUAUGUAAACGAAGUUAAGAUAAAACAUAAAAUAAAAGACAAAAGAUAAACUGAAACUAAAUGUUAAGAAUCCGUAUAUAAAAAUAAAAAGAAAAAACAAA